AUUGGUUAAAAUGAAAUGGUUCCCUUCCAGCUUCCAGACCCAGAUAAUCUACCAAAACCACUUGGAAUGGAGUUUUUCAAAUUCAAUGCAUCAGUUGCAAGGUCACCCUCAUUCAUCAAUCUCCGUGAAGUGAGUUGUAGAUUUAAGCUUCCUCCUGGUGUUUACUGCAUAGUGCCAUCAACUUUUGAACCAAAUGAAGAAGGAGAAUUUAUUCUUCGUGUAUUCUCAGAGAACAAAAACAAUAUGGAGGAAAAUGAUGAAGAAGUUGGAAUGGGUGAAAUAGAUGAAAAAGUAAAGAAUGAGCCUGUACCAGAGGAGCACAAGUCUGAGGACAAAAUUAAGGAAUACUUUAAACAAAUUGCUGGUGAUGACAUGGAAGUGGACUGGAUGGAACUGAAAGAAGUACUUGACUAUGCACUGCGCAAUGAGAUGCCUAGGGAUAGUUCAGAAUCACAGGAUAUCAUCACCACAGUACUUUCACUCCUGUGUGGAUUAGUGUGUCGUGACACCCCACUUGCUCGGGCAUUUGAUGUCAAGCGGCAAGGUUUCUCUAAAGAUACUUGUCGCAGCAUGAUAGCCAUGAUGGAUGUAGACAGAUCAGGAAAGCUUGGGUAUGAAGAAUUCAAAGCAUUAUGGACAGACAUCAGGCACUGGAGAACCAUAUUCAAAAUGCACGAUAAAGAAAACUCUGGUGUAUUCAGUGCUUUUGAGCUGAGAGAGGCACUAAAUGCUGCAGGUUACAGGUUAAACAACCACAUACUGAACAUACUGAUGCAUAGGUAUGGAACUGUAGAUGGGAAAAUAACAUUUGAUGAUUUUAUGAUGUGUGCUGUCAAGCUAAAAGCGAUGAUAG